AGUAUAUUUUAGAGGCGACGAACAAGAUGAAAACGAAGACCCUCCUGUAAUCGAUCAAAUUGCGAUUAAUGUAAGUAGUAAAUAUUUGUUUUUUGGUGGGAAAAACUUUUUUUUUGCAGGCAUGCAAAGUUUAUUUAGGAUUUGAGAAUUUUCGGGUGUCUGAUUUAUUUUGGAACAUUUUUGUGUUUUCUUCUUCUCCUUUUAUUCUUGAUUGUGAACUCGUUUGUGUCUUGGCUUCUUCUCUGUGUUGCAGCAUGCCGAGUGUGUGUUUUGUUUUUAAUUUCUGGGGUAUAUGGAAGAAGGACCCUAAAUCUGGAAUAUUGAUAUAUGACGGCCAUAAUUCUGAGGAAAUUAUAGAAAUCUUAGAUAACAUAACUUAUGAUCGUAUCUUUGAGGAAUUUUCUAAGUGUUUGUCUACUAAACCUAAGAGUGUCUAUGCGUUAGAUGAAGAUUAUACCAUUGAAAAUGGCUUAGUGCUACUUAAGGACUCUGAGCAUUGUAAAAAGGUGUUUGAUUAUUUGGAGUUACUUGGACAUGAAGAGAUUAAUUUGUUUGCUGACCAUGAAAAAAGAUCUCAUGCCCCUUAUUACACCUUUGCCUUUGUUUGAUGAAGAAAAGAAAAGUCCAGAAUUAGAGAAUGUCCAUGGGUUGGAGAUAGGAGUUGAUGGUGAGGGCAUAGAAACAGUAGACACUGGGGUAGAAGGGAAUGAGGACUGUGAUGAGGAGAUUCAUGUAGAAGAGAAGAAAGAUGAGGAUAAUGCAAUCGGUGUUGAACAAUGAGGAAGUGAGGAUGAAGGUGAUGAUGUAGAGAACACCUUCAAUGAUCAUCUAGGUGUGGGGACAGAUUCAGACAAUUACUCUAGUCACUUUAGUGAUCUCAUGUCAGAAUCUGAUGAGGGAGAGGUGGAGCAAGGCCCUGUGGUUGGGUCUGUAGAGGAGGGAAAUCAAAGAUACUUUGCUUUAGGAAUGACCUUUGCAGGGGUAAAGGGGGCUAGGGAGACCAUUAACUCAUAUCCUGUAAAAUUUGGCUACAAGCUUAAGUUUUUGAAGAAUGAACCUAAGAGAAGGUGCCUAGUGCCUCUCAAUCAUUUCCUCUCAAUCCUCUCUUUGCCUACAACAGGUGUGUUCUGCCACCAAGUUUUUGAAGAAUGAACCUAAGAGAAGGUUUGCAUUAGUGAAGAUAGUUGUCCACACGGAUGGCUUUAUUACCAUGACAUUAGUGGCAGAACACACCUAUUGUAGGCAAAGAGAGGUGCCUAGUGUCUCUCAAUCCUAUCUGGCCGACUAUUUCAGGGAUGCAGUGUACAGAAAUCCAAGGUAUACAACCAAAGAUAUGCAAGGACACAUGAAAGAGCAUCUGAAACUUCAUGUCAGUCUUGGCAAAUGCAAAAGGGAAAAGAAGACUAUCAUUACCAAACUGCAGGGCAGUUACAAAGAUGAGUUCAAUAUGUUGAGAAGGUGAAAGAGACAAAUCCAAAGAGCAAGUUGGAAUUGCGAUUGUCUAAGGAUGAGUUGGCUAAUGGCAGGAGGGUUUUCAAGAAGAUCUUUGUCAUGUUUGAUGCAUGUAAGAAGAAUUGGCUAGGUGGGUGUAGGCCUUUGAUUUCUUUAGAUGGUUGUCAUUUGAAAGGGGUUACUUUCGGUUGCCUUCUCACAGCAGUUGGCAAAGAUCGAAAUGAUGGUGUGGUUCCUAUUGCAUGGGCAGUAGUGAACAAAGAGAACAAGCACAAUUGGAAUUGGUUCUUAAAUUGGCUAAAGCAUGAACUACGGCUUGGUGAUGGAUCCAAGGUUACCAUUAUAUCAGACAUGCAAAAGGUAAUGAUAUUACAUAUUGUUUAUGGUGUAUUACUUGAUAUGUCAUUGAAUGUUCUUAUUGUCUGAGUGUUUAUUUAACAGGGCUUGAUGGAGGCAGUCAAAGCGCAAAUUUCGAAGGGUGAGCAUAGAUGGUGUGCAAGACACAUCUAUGCUAAUUGGAGUAAGAAGUGGAGAGGUGAGGAGCUGAAAAAGAAGUUCUGGAUUGCAGCUUGGAGUUCAUUCGAGGAGGAGUUCAAACUGAAUGUAGGCAAGAUUAGCUCAAUCAAGAAGCAGACAGAUGUGGACCUGCUACAAUAUCCAUCCCAAAACUGGUGCAGAGCAUACCAAAAUGAAAGGUGCUCUACUAACAUGGUUGAUAAUAACAUCUAGAAUCCUUUAACUAUAGUAUUAUAGAUGUUAGGCACAAGCCCAUUAUUAGCAUGCUAGAGGACAUCAGGAUAUUAGCCAUGUCCAGGAUUAGGGAUAUGAGAGGUAGUGUUCAUGGUUGGAAGACUGAAUGGGCUCCUAAUGCAAUGAAGUUGUUUGAGGCUGCAAAAGGUGAUUCUAUGUCAUGCAAUGUCAUAUGGAAUGGUGAAGAUGGUUAUAAAGUUGGUGAAUAUGAUGAUAAGCACACUGUGUCAUUAGAUAGGAAGAGAUGCACCUGCAGGAGUUAGGAGCUAACAGGUAUGCCUUGUUGCCAUGCACUUGUUGCAUUCUAUUACUCAAAGAUGGAUCCUAUGAGUAUUAUGUCACAGUGGUACCACAAGACAUGCUUCAUGAAAUGCUACGAGCACUCAAUCCAACUUGUUCCAAGAAGAAAGUUUUGGAAAGUCAAGGAAUCUGAUGCAGUGGAGCCUCCUCCAGUGGACAAGAAAAUAGGCAAACCCCAAAAAAUGAGAGUGAGCGCUCCUAAUGAACUGAGAAGAAGCCACAAAUUAUCAAGAAAAGGCCAGAAGCAGCAUUGUAGCAUUUGUAAGAGUGAAAGCCACAAAAAAAAUGAUUGUCCUCAAAGACCAACUCAGGUGACACAGGACACACAAGCUUCAACGUCUUCUCAUCCCACAAAGUUGAAGACAAGAAGGGGUUCUAAAGGAAUUGGACUUUACAUCAAUCCUGAGAGUGGAAGGACUGUUCUUAAUCCAGGGAUGUCACAAACGGUUGUGAUAGAUGAGGGCACACCCAGGGACACUGAUCUAAACACUCGAUUUCCCAUUCCAAAUGAAAGAGAGUUGAGGAAGGAGAAGAGAAAACAAAUACCAACCAAAGGAGAGGGAGAGACAUCAAAUGCUAGGAGGAUGGCCUGAAAGCCAUUCAAGGCUCCACGAGGCAAAGGAAAACAGCCUAAGGAACAAGCUAUCCUAAGGAGAUCCCCUCGCGGCAAGAAAGUUGAUUCCACAGUUGGUUCUACAACAAGUUGAAGACUGUUCUUAUUGGUGCAUGAUACUUUUGUUUUACAUGUUGUGUUAGUUUUUGUCAGAACAUGUUCUAGUAGUUUAUGAUGGCAACAUUUGAUAGAUUCGAACAGGUUUCAAUUACUUCUAUUUUUUAUGGCAUUGGGUUUAGUCAGUUUUUUGAUGGCA